GAGACAUGACGUUAGUUCACUUCGAUAGCUCUACGAGUCUGCACGUGAAUUUCCCUGGGCUCUCGGCUGUCUUGAAUUUCUCAAUCUCAAAACACACAAUCUCAAUCGGCUUCGAAUCGGUCAGCCCACUGAAACAAAAUACAAAAAGAAAAAAAAAGAAAUCCAAACACACACACUCGCUUUUCAAUCUGAAUUCGAAUCUGAAUCUCAAUCUGCAUCCGAAUCAGAAUCAGAAUCAAAGUUUCGCGUCUUGACCACUCAGUUCUAUUAUGAUUAAAAGCGAUAUUUCUGCCGAAGCGAAAUUCGCCACAAAAAGUGCCAAGUGUUUAAGAGAGUGCUAAACAAAAUUCUGAAAAAAAAAAUAAUAAAGAAUAACCAAAUAAAAUAAAAAAAUCUUAGCCAACUGCUAGUCAAGCUAAAACAAAACGUGAAUUUGCCGUCGGAUUUUCUGCGUUAAGAACAAACUUGUUGAGCGCGCUCGAGGGCCACGCCCCCGAAACAAAAAACAAAAAAAAAAUAAAAAAUAAAAAAAGCAUAUAAAUACGCCGAAAGGCGUAGGAAAAGAUUUAGAAGAUUUUUGCGCCUGCCACGUUGCCCGUAAAAGACGUCAAGACGGUUGCCUCACGGUUCGAGUGGAAUGAGCAUAGGGACCCUGGUCUUCCUUUCGAUCGAUCGGUGUACAAAGUCGUUAAACUGAGCCCCAACUUGGAGCCCUACCCCGCCAGCGUGGAGGGCCUGAACAGCCCCAGAGCGGUGGGGAUGGCCGCGACCUCGUACAUGACCCCGCCGAGCGGCGACCUGGACAUGGCGCUCGGCGGCGGCGGCUACCACACCUCGUCGCCGCGCUCGGCGGCGGACGCCGGUGAGAUGAAGUACAUGCAGCACCACCAUCACCACCAUGCCGCCGCAGCGGCCGCCGCUCACCACCAGUUGCCCUCGUCGCCGUCGCCGAAUGGCCAGGGCAACGGCACCGGCUUGGGACUGGGUCCCGGCUCGGGAUUGGGUUCAUGGAGUGCCUUGCAUCCUGAUCCGUGGUCCCUGCAAACGCACCACACGCACCACCAUCCCGCCGCCGCCGCCGUGGCCUCGGCCGCGGACACCGUGAAGCAGGAGAUGUCGCAUCUCUCGCAGCAGACGCGCAUCCAGCAGGGCAUGGCCUCGCCCCACGCCGCCUGGCACGCCCCCCACGCCGGCCACUAUGCGUCGACGGGCGGUUCGCCGCUGCAGUACCACCACGCGAUGAACGGCAUGCUGCACCACCCGGCCCAUGCGGCCGCGGCAGCGCACCACCAGAGUGUGGCGCCGCUGCACCACGCGCUGCGCGGCGAGUCGCCCCAGCUGCACAUCCACCACCACAUGGGUGGCGGUGGCGACCGGGAUCCCAUCAGUGGCGGCGAGGAGGACACGCCCACAUCGGACGACCUGGAGGCGUUCGCCAAGCAGUUCAAGCAGCGGCGCAUCAAGCUGGGAUUCACCCAGGCGGACGUGGGCCUGGCCCUGGGCACGCUGUACGGGAAUGUGUUCUCGCAGACGACGAUCUGCCGGUUCGAGGCGCUGCAGCUGAGCUUCAAGAACAUGUGCAAGCUGAAGCCGCUGCUGCAGAAGUGGCUGGAGGAGGCGGACUCGACAACGGGAUCGCCGACGUCGAUUGACAAGAUCGCCGCCCAGGGGCGCAAGCGCAAGAAACGCACCAGCAUCGAGGUGAGCGUGAAGGGGGCGCUGGAGCAGCACUUCCACAAGCAGCCGAAGCCGUCGGCGCAGGAGAUCACCUCGCUGGCGGACUCGCUGCAGCUGGAGAAGGAGGUGGUGCGCGUGUGGUUCUGCAAUCGGCGGCAGAAGGAGAAGCGGAUGACCCCACCGAACACGCUCGGCGGCGACAUGAUGGACGGAAUGCCGCCCAGUCACAUGCACCACGGUGGCUACCAUCCGCACCACGACAUGCACGGCAGCCCGAUGGGCACCCACUCCCACUCGCACAGCCCGCCGAUGCUGAGCCCCCAGAAUAUGCAAUCCUCGGCGGUGGCGGCGCACCAGUUGGCGGCCCACUAGCAAUCAGAAAUCCAGGAGUCGAACUCAGCUGCAGCUGCGUCCACUCCUGCAUCCCUCAAUAGUCUAAGCCAGCAGCAACAGCAGCAGCAGCAGCAACAACAGCAGCAGCAGCAGCAGCAGCAGCAACACCAGCAACAGCAACAACAUCAGCAGCAGCAACACACACCGAACACACCAUCUUCCAGUGCGGGCUCGUCGGCAACGAUGACCAGCCAGGUGAUGUCGCCGCAGAGUCCGCUGGGCAGCUCCUCCGCUGGCAAUCAGGCUAACAACAAUAACAACAACAACAACAACAAUAGCAGCACCAAUAAUAACAAUAAUAAUAACAACAACAAUACCGAGGAGCAAGUCAAACACCACCAGCAACAGCAACAACAGCAACAGCAACAGCAACAACAACAGCAGGCAUCCAGUAUUGCAGCCGCUGCAGCAGCCAUGUACAUGGAUCCCAUGCGAUACCAGCAUCCGCAUCACCCGCAUCCGCAUCCGCACCAGCAUCCGCACCUGAAUCCCGCCCACCAUCCGCACCUGUUCCACACGAGCGACCAGCUGCAGCACUCGCAGCAGCAACCCGUCGGCGGUGGCAGCAGCAACUCGCAAUUGUCGCCGGGCGCCGGCAGCAAUAGCGGUCUGCCGCUCCAGCCGCCCAGCUCGGCAUCGCCGGCGGGAUCCGCCUCCUCGGUGCUCGGCGGCCAUCUCAAUCUGAAUCCGCUGCACCAGCACCACCACUACCAGCACCACCAUCACCAGCAGCACCACCACCACCAGCAGCAGCAGCAGCAGUUGCACGCCCGCCGCCUCUUCGAGCUGAGUCUGCAAUUUGGAGCGGCGGCGGCGCCCGGAGCGGUACGGCACUUCAACAGCUUCGGCGGGGCGGGCGGAGCGGGCGGGGAAUAGCAUUCGUCGGCCGCCUGGUUCGGCUAUGAGUCCUCCUAGGACUCGGCGUCGAACGGGUGGCCGCAGUUCAAGCGGGAGCAGCCCUAGAACCUCACAGUCGAGCUUCUCUAACGUGAAUUUUUUGGCCCAAGAAAUAGUUACCUAUAGCUAACUUUGGGAAUUUUAGAAUUUUUCGUAAGUCAAAAAAAACACUUUUGGGUUUUUUCCAAUACUGUCUUUCAAAAUUUCUAUGGAUCAGUGAAGUUUUUAGUACUAUAUUCAGAAAUUUAGUGGCACUUUAAUAAUUUUGAGGAAGUUUUAUAAAAUUUAUUGAAAAUUUUCGUUAGACAAGUUCGACUGUAGGUAGAACUAUUAAAAAAUAGAAAUAAGAUGAGUUUCGAAGAUGGGGUUGAGAGAUCAUCUUUUUUACCAGUGCAUUAAUCUGUGUUAAACUUCAGCUUAAAGAGGAGCAGGGAGUGGAGGAGAUGGGAGGCUGCCAUCCACCAGUUUAGUUUGUUUUAAAGUUUGAAAAACUUGCUUAAAUUAAAUCAAAUUAACUAAAUUAAAUGUAAACGAAAAAUUUCCUUUGUAUAAAGCGAAAGAAACACGCAAUUCAAAUCAAACGUGAAACCAAGUGAUGUUGUUUUAACCUAAAAACUAAAUGCUAAAAAUUAAACUAAAUGAAAACGAUAAAGAAAACGAAAACGAAAAAGAAAACUAGUUAAAAGUGCGACGCAAGUGUUAAAGAAACCAAAAAAGACAAGCAAAGAAAACAAAUUCCUCAGCUGCUCUCCAUAAGCAAGGUAAAUGUUUCCAUGCCCAAAAGUCCACAAAAUAUUUUUCGUUCAACACUUUGUCGCCGUCUAGAUCAAGUUUAAAAAAAAAGGCUCAAUAAGAAUGGCAGCAGUAAGACAACUCGGUCGGUUCUAGCUAGGGUAUAGGUUCUUAAGCAAGCCGUGUUUAUAUAUAUUAUAUAUAUAUAGCCAGUAGAUUGUACUCUAAAAAAUUUAUAAACAAACAAAACGUAAAACCAGAAACAAACACGAAAAAAGUAGAAUUUAACGCGCGGCGAAGUAAACAAAAAUACGAGAUGAAAAGAGGAUUAAGUAAAAUAUGAAAAACCCCAAAACAUCUGUAAAUAAAAACUUACAGUUAAGUCAUAUUUUUUAGCUUUAAAUGCAAUUGUAGAUUUUUUAAUAAACCCCUUAAGAAAAAAUCAUAAAAAUACAACCACAACAGCAAAAAAAAAGAAUAACAUUUAUAAAAUAUAAAUUGUAAUUUUUAGGCGGUAAUUUUUAAUGAAUAGGCACGUGAAGUUUAGUUACUUAGUACUGUACUUUCUAUAUAAGCAAGGAAAU